UUUUUCCUCAAAUGGUUAACUCAUUCUCCCAAUAGCAUACAUUUAAAUGAUAUUAUCUUUUUGCAUAUGUUAAAAACCAUUAAAACAAACAACAAAAUAUCGAAGACUAUCGAAGAUACAGUAUGUGAUUUAAUUAAGCCUUCCCUACACAAGUCCUGAGGUUAAGGUGGAAAAGUUCGCCAUCUCCGUUGUUGGAGCUAACCUUGGGUAUGGUUUGAAUUCGGGCUCAGAGCCGUGGGACACGAAGCCUAGAGGAUUCCAACCCAAAUGUCUCGAGGUAACCACUGUCUACUUAACACCCCAAACUCCGCGUUCUGCGAAGCGGGGCGCCUCACCGGAAGCCAGCUGCAAAACAAAGAGCCACUCUAGAACCACGGCAGGCUUCCUGUUUCCGCUUCCAGCACAAUGGGCUCUAGUGCGCUGUGACUGAGGGCACGUGCCUCGCGACGUCAGACGUGGAUUUAGAAAUCCUUUGGGACGACUUGUCGAUUUUUCCAGGAAGGGAGACAGGUGGAACCAACGAUACCAAGGCAAACACUUCAUUAAAACCUGUUCAAGCUUCCCUUGAAUUCCCGCGCGUUCCGUUAGCGGACCAAUUAUCUCGCGAGAAGAAGGGUCCUCACAAGACUCAAACUUCCUCCCCGUAACGCCGAGGUUCUGUUGGUAAACUAAAUUCCGGGGUGCAGUAGGAGCUCUGAGGCGCCGCCUCUAAUACCUCAGAAGUAAAUCCUUAUUCCCCUCCGAGAGCCAGGCCUUCGACCGCUAUGGAAGGACACCAAGGGCAAGGAAGCCAUGAUACCCUAGCACUCGCCCAGGCUCAUUUUGAUAAGGGCGAGUACGCGGAGGCCGAGGCGCUGUACUCCGCUUAUAUUCGCCAGGGCGCUUGUGCAGCCCCAGUCGGCGCGCGUCUGGGGAGCAAAUGCAUCCCUGAGGAUUUGGCUACUGCGUAUAACAACAGAGGGCAAAUCAAGUACUUGAGGGUUGAUUUUUUUGAAGCCAUGGAUGACUACACAUCUGCCAUAGAAAUUCAACCCAAUUUUGAAGUUCCAUAUUACAACAGAGGGUUGAUACUGUAUAGGCUGGGAUAUUUCGAUGAUGCUUUGAAAGAUUUCAAGAAAGUACUAGACUUAAAUCCUGGAUUUCAAGAUGCUAUUUUGAGCUUAAAACAGACUAUUUUAGACAAAGAAGAAAAACAAAGAAGAAAUACUGAAAAAAAUUAUUGAAAUUUUUAACUCAGUUGAAAUGUUAAUUCAUGAUCUUUACAUCUGCGUCUAGGGGCUCUAAUUUAGAAUAGCUACUUUGAUUUAUAUUUAAGAUAAAAAGAUUCAUGCAUUGGUACUGAGAGUUCAUUUAUUUAAAGUUGUUAAUUUCAGGUUGAGAAACUGUUGAAUGUAAAUAAGUAAUAUUAAUGUAUAAUUGCAUAUAAUUAUAGUAAAAUAUUUAAAGAAAUGUAUGGUAUUUUCUUCAGUGGAACAUUUUAAUUUUUAAAUUCCCAACUUAUAAUUAAAAAUUUUUCAUCUGUAGAACAGUUGUAAGUAUAAUACAGUCAACACCCAUAAGCUCUUCACUUGGAUUCAUUAGUUGUUAACAUUGUGCCACAUUUGUUUCUCCUCUAUGUCUAAAAUUAAUACAUUUUGCUGAACCACUUCAUAAUAAGAUAAACAUCACAAUACUUUACCCCAAGUGUUUCAGCCUGUCCCUUCCAAGAAUAAAAAGCAUCCUUGUUAUAACCACAAUAUUAUUAUAAUACCUAAUAUGAAUUAAAGUGUCACAAAGCCCUCCAUAUCCAGUCCAAAUUAGAUUUACCAAAUUAUUCCCAAAAUGUGUAGAUUUUUAUUUCGGAGUCUAUAACCAAUCAGGUUUCAUUGCAUUGUGUUAUGUCUCUGAUUUCUUUUAAUCUAGAAUCAUUCAUCCCCUGCUCAUUUUUUUCCCCAUUCCACUUGCUUUGAGAGUAAAGCUGUUUCAUGUGACCAGGAUACACAGACAUUUUGGGCUUAAAAAUAAAGAUAUGUCCUGCAGGAGAGCAGUUUGAAAGAAAUCAACUUAUACUUAGUUUUCUCUAGAAAUCAUAGAUAAGACAUUAGAAUUUUAAAUAUUGCACAUACUUUUCUGUCUCUGGAUAAUGACCAUAAUUAUUGUCAUCAACUUUUACUGAAUAUUUACUAUAUAAGUAGCACUGUUCAAAUUAAUGAUUUUGCAGGUGGGGUGGGGUGGAUAGAGAGGCAAGGAUUUGACAGAAACACAUGGUAAAUGUAAAGCUUUGAAAGUUCCAUUUUAUCAUGUGCUGCCAACAAGAGAUUGGGCUCUGAUGAGACUCAAGAACUGGGACGAGCUUGAAGGGAAAACAAGCCAAAGCCAGCACGUCCCAUCUAUAGUGGAAUGUUUUUAUUGUUGUGGUUUGGCUUUCAAAGAUACAGACCCUCAUCUUGAGAUCUACCAAACUAGUUGAUUGCUGCUGCAGGAAAGCUGUUCUGGAAUGGAAAUUACCCUCCUGGGGAGAAAAAAAAGUGUGUUUGCCUGUUGUCUCCAGAGGAAGGCGCAGCCAAGCUUCAGUGGCCUUUUGAGAUGCAAUAACCAUCAUCAGCCUUAAUAAUUUUCUUAAUUUUUAAGUAAAAGAGAUCUCACGAAGCAGACAAACUAAUUGCCUUGUUUGUAGUUCAUAAAUAAUAUCUGGCAUGACACAUGGAGAAUUUGGGCUGCAGGUGAAUGACUAUGAAGAGGAAAUUAAGUUAGAUGGCCAGAAAUAAAGUCUAUAUUCUGGAAUUAGUCACAUUUUCCAAUAUGAUAUAUCUUUUCGUUUGUUGGAAAUGUCUUUAAAAGAACUUAUAAAGUUGCAUGAAGACAGAAAAAUCCCUUUUAAGAAAACUUUUUUUUUUUUUUUUUAAAGCAAAGUCUCUAGACCUUGGGAGAGCUUAAAGCUAGUUCAAGAGAAUCAAAUACUUAAGUGCUACUUAUAUAACUGUAUUUUUUUUCUUGGCUUAUAUUCUCUUUACUUUACUCUUGCCUCGGAUCAGAUAUAAUAUGAAAAAGAAAAAUUGUUUAAAAAAUUUCAUUUGGUUGUCUGGAUUUUAUUAUUCAAAGUUUCUUCAUCCUUUUAAAGGAAAAAUAUCAGUGAAGUUCAGAAUCAGCACUACCUUAUUGUGAAUGGAUGGACUUAUUUUUUUUCUUGUUACUGGAAAUAACAAGGGAAUAAUACAUUUACCUCAUUUAUGGUCUUCAAAAUGAGGCAUUAUACAUUUGGGUUCUAAGUUUCUGGUUGCCUAAAUAAUACCUUUGAUAUUUACCUUAAAGAUACUCUUAUGUUCAUUAUUGUUCCCAUACUUCAGAAUUUGUUCAGUUCUUUUCAUUUUCUUACUAGAAAAGUGCCUAAAUUGAAUUGUUCCAUUUUUUCCCUCUACAAAAACAAAGUAGAAGAGAAUUAUAGUUUGUUAUAAGAAUUGUCUUUCUCAAAGUACAGUAAAAAAGAAUAAAUGGACUUAUGUUACUUUUGAGAUUACAAAGUUAUUCUUAGCACUAAUUGAGAAGCAUGAAGCUAUUUGUCUUUUUUGGAAGUCUGGAACUGAACAAAACCCUGGACUGAUUUUACGAUAGCAAACUAUGGUACAGCUGGUGAAAGCAAGCUUAAAUUUCCAAGUCAGCUUUUAGUCAUCAUCAGAUUAUUCUUUCCUGAAUCUAUGUUGGGUUUCUGUCUUUUACUAGCUUCUCUAUCCUAAACAUAGGCUUGGCCCUCUGCCAUUUUAUAGGUCAUAAGUCUUUCUCAGUGGGCAUAAUAUAAUUAUCCUCACCACUCAGGGCAAAUCAGUUCAGUAUAUAUUCUGGCCUCAACAGCCCAUCUCUGCUGAGUCUAGUCCCCUUAAAAAUUUAACGAGAAGUUUCAAAUAAUUAAACCUAUCUCUUGCUUAACAACUUCCAUUUGUCCCUAAAAAUGCUUUUUCUAACUGAAAAGCCAUUGAAUCAAAAAUAUUUGUAUUACUUUUAAUUGGAAAAAUUAUGAAUUCCAUUUUAUUCCAUAAUACUCACUUUUCACAGGAAAACAAAUUGUUUCAACAAUGAAAACAAGUGUAACCAUUGGAAAGUGAGCAAUUUUCACACAAACUGUUAUAACAUGAAUGUUUACUUUUUAAAAUGCAUUUAAAAAAGCCUUAUUGAGAUAGAAUUCAUCUAUUUGAAAUAUACAGUUAGAUGGUUUUAAAGUGUGUUCAGUUUCUGCACCAUUUUUUUUCAAGCUUUUUGGGUUUCGUGCUCUUUCUGCAUGCAAACUAUACUUAAUAGUGUUAUAACACAGAAAAGCACCUUUAGGGAAAUUAAAGACCAAGCAUGGGUGUGCUUCAGAAACAUAAUAGCACAUGCUGAAAACAGAUCAAAGAUGCCAUUUCUGGUUUUGUCCAAAUAUGCAGCAUGAUCCUAAUUUGCUUCAUGUGAUAGUCUUUGGCUAGAAGCUGUGUUAAGGAAAUUAGUAGGUAUGUCUCUGCCUGCAGCUGUGGUGUUGAAUUUAUUUAGGGUGUUUGGACUAAUAGACUGUUAUUUUUAAAAAACUGAUUGUUGACAUACAUGUGUUCUAACUUUUCAAGUGCUUUGUGAAAAGCAGACUGUGCUGUUGCUAUGUGAGCUAAGUGUGUAAUUUUAACUGCUUCUACAUAAAUUCAGAUUUUAACAUUUCCUAUAUUUCUCAAAAAUGUGACAGUAAAUUAGGGGAAGGGGAUUUCAAUCACAAAUGGCCAAAUGGCACUUGGUCGGGGGUUGAAGGGAGACUGAGAGACUUGUUGCAUUUCAUAUAUAAUGUUAGGAAACUUCAAAAGACCACAUUUUACUCUUUCUGAAAAGGAAAGGAAGAUGAUAAAUACAGUUUUUGGAAAAACUGUCGGGUUAAAAACAGUUCAUAGGUAAAAACAAUAAUCCAUGUAGUAAAAGACAAUUUAAAAACCCUGUAAGGAAGUAAAAAAGUAGAAAUUAUGGGCUGUGAAUAUGUACAUAACCAUGGUAUAGCACUGUGGAUCAGCAUACAGUUAUGCGUGUAGCAGGGCAGAGAAGAAUGUCUUUUUUCACAGGGGAGGAAGCUGCAACUAAGAAAUUCAGUAACUUGCUCAGAGUCUGCCCCAAAUCCUUACAAAUAUCUGAAACUGCAGUUUGUACCAAUUUGAUAUUUUUGUUGUUGUUGCUGGGCAGGCAUCAACUCAAAGCAGAUAUAUAGACUUUUUGGGUCCUGAUAAAAAAUUUAAAUUGCUCAUAAAAUGUUUUAAUACUUAUCAAGGUAAGUAUCCAAAUGAUGUUAAAAUAUAUUUCAUUUUUAUAAUGCAACAUUAUUGCAAUGCUAGAAUUGCUUGUUGGUCAUUUUUCUUUCUGAUUGAAAACAGACAUAAAGGAUGGUGAAAAGCAGAUUAAUAUUAUGAGCAAACUCCAUUUGGAAACUUUAAAACUGUGGCUGCCAGUAUGUAAAUUUGUAUCUUAUGUUAAGAAACAGCAUCCAACACUUAGAAAAAAGGCAAAAGGAGGAAUUGCAUGUUCUUUCAACAUCAUACUGAGCUGUCUAACAGACCCACCCGAGGACUGUUUAAUUCUACUCUUGAUUGGGGGCCAGACUCUGAGGUUACAUGUAACUUGUCAAUUUUUGUUCAGAGGAGAUGCAAAUGCACUGUCUGAUAGAAAAGAUAACCCUAAAAGCUAUGGUUUUGUUGCUCUAAAGAAUGCUAACCAGUUUUGCAUCUAACCUGGCAACUUUAUUCCCAGUUCUUCAUUGCCCAUAAAUACUUAGCUUUUCAAAUGCUGUCUUAUCACCUGGGUGGUUCUUUCAUUAAUGAGUUAAACAUUUAUCAUAUUUUCAUUCCGUGUUCUUUUAGGAGUCAUGCCUAACUUUUCAAAGUUUUAGCACUGCUAUUGAAAGAAAUAAACACCGUAAGGAGAGCUUAUUAUUAUGUACUCAUUAUUUUUUAUCAGGUAUAAAAGUAAAGGGAGACUGAAAGUUUCUGUUUUCAUGUUGCCUGUUUCUUUAAAAUAUUCAAUCCUGUUUAGAUUGUGUGGAGAUUUAAUUGCGUUCUGGGUAAAGCAAAAUACAGGGAAGACCUUUAUCUUAAAUUAAAACACAUGUGAAAGUACUCCUUUAAGAAGUAGCAAAAGCUGUGAAUAUAAUGUAAAAAGUGAAAGUUCCCCCAUUACUCCCUUUCUGACUGCCUUGGGUCACCAUGGUUCAUAUCUACCCUUCCAGGCCUUUUUCUUUGUGCAUAUACAUGGACACAUGUAUGCACACACAUGCAAAGGAUUAUGUUGUAUGUACCAUUAUUCGGUAACUUAAAUAAUUUAUCUUGGCCAUUAUUCCCCAUGAGGACAUAGAAAUCUACUUCAUUUUUCUUAGGCCUAUAAUUUUUUUUUUUAAAGAGAGAGUGAGAGAGGGGAGAGAGAGAGAGAAUUUUUUUAAUAUUUAUUUUAUUUAGUUCUCGGUGGACACAACAUCUUUGUUGGUAUGUGGUGCUGAGGAUCGAACCCGGGCCGCACGCAUGCCAGGCGAGCGCGCUACCGCUUGAGCCACAUCCCCAGCCCUUAGGCCUAUAAUUUUAAAAACCACUUUAAAAAUGAUUGCCAAUUUUUUGUCAUAAAGUAUAUUUAUGGAUAUGGAAAUGACAAAACAGUCAAGGAGGUGUAAAUGAAGAAUUAAGACCCUGCCCCAUGUUCCCCUCCAGAAGUAAUCACUUCUAACCAACACAGUGGGAAGCCAUGGUUAAAAGCUCCUUUUUUGAUUCCUGCCAGUUACUUCUUUAAAAAUUACUUUUAGUUCUGUUCGCUACCUUAGUGACUGUUUUUUCUAGGCAACUUUGACUACCAAGAAUACCUCUGAAUAUCUUCUUUUGGCAGUCUAUUGUUUUGAACCUAUUUCCACUUAAUUAUAGAGCUCUUUUAAAGUAGAGUUGAUGUAGCAAAAACUCGCCUUAUCCCAAACCGAGCUUUCAGUCUUGCGCCUGUAGCUGAUGGCAUCUCUACUGCACCAGAUCUUCAGGCCUGACUUCAAUUUCAGUGUACCAGUAGCAGACCCAGAUUCCAGCAAUUUCCAUCUCCUCAUCCCGGAUAUGACUGUGCCUUACAAGUCUCCUGCUUUGCUUUCAUCUGAAAAGUAUAUUUCAACACAGUCACCAGAAUAAGGGGUAGAUCUCAGGCUACUGCCCAGAAACUUUGCUCUUGCUGUUCCUGCCAUGCAUUGCUUGCCCCUUGGCCUUAUUCUGGCCCUCUUCUGACCACUCUGCUUAAAAUUGCAAAUCCCGAUCAUACUCAUGUCCCUGUAUUUUUUUUUCAUCUACCCAUACCACUUUUUGUGUAUUUUGUCUGCCUGUUUUCUUCCCACUGGCAGGUAGGGCAGGGGUCUGUGUCUGCUUUGUACACUCCUAUACCCUCAGCCCCUAGGACUGUGUGUGGCAGGCAAAAGAGCCUCAACUGAGUGGAGUGGUUCAAGGAACAACUCAAUUGGAAUCUGCUUGUGCACUUGCUGUCUAGAGUUUGCAGAUUCAUCACUGGCUAAUAGGUAUGAGGUGGACAAGACCCUGAGAAAGGACCCAAUUUAUAGUUAAGUUUUCAUUUUUCUUAAAACAGCUUACACUUCUGGUUUAACUUAGAGGAAGAACGUCUCUAAGAGGUCAAAUUCAGCAGGGACUUUAAAAAACAUACAGCAUUGUAACAGGUACCUGUGAUGGCUUUAAUUGAAUUGAUUUAAAAAUAAAGAUAUGUGAAAGCCACAGAUACCUCUGAUGAGAUGUUAUUUGGGAAUGGGAUUACUGCAGAUCUGAUGAGUCAAGAUGAUGUAGAUGGAAGCCAGAUCUUUCAUCCACCAUUCCUAGUGUCCUUAUGUGAAUGGUGUUCUUAUAAGGAAAAGGACAUUUGAAUACAGUCACGGGCCUUCCAUCAUGAAGGCCUUAUGAAAAUGGCAGAAGAAGUUGGAGUGAUGCUGCUACAAGUCAAGGAACACCCAGGGCUGCCAGAAACUGGAAGAGCUGAGGAGAUUGUUUCCCUGUCAUUGGAAGGAGCAUGGUUCUGCCUACGUCUUCAUUUUGGACUUCUGGUUUCCAGAACUGUGAGAGAACAAAUCUCUGUUGUUAUAAACCACCCAGUUUGUGAUAUUUUGUUAGGGCAGGGCUUGGAAACAAGAACAGUACCCAAUAAAUAAUCCAAUUUUCAGGUGACAAA